CGGAGCUGCGCAGAGACUCUUCCAGGAACCGCCUGGCACCUGGGCCGUGGACUUUGGCUGCUGUGCGUCCCAUCUGCUCCUCUCCUCCUACCCCCAGCAGUCUCAGAGUCUCACUCCGGGGCGUGUCCUGCCUACCUCCGGCACACAGUGGUCCACUCUGCCGGCUCCAGCGGCGGGCGGAGCGGCGGCUGCGGGAGCCCGAGCAGCGGUGGUGCGAGCCGCCCGGGGAAGCAGCGGUGGCAGCGGUCGGCGCUCUGGGCCGGGCCGGCACCUGUCCGGAGCAAGAGGAGCAAGGGUAGGGUGGGUGACAGCGGUUCUGAACCUCGAAAGGAGUUGGCACCACCCGGCUGGGAUCCUGCUGUUCCUAUCAACCUCCUACUGGCCCUCAGGGAAGUAGCACCGAGCUGGGGACACCGGUGUGAGCAAACAUGUGCAGCAACAGCUAGAGGCCUCUGGACAGGUUAUCGUGUGGUCCAAGAGCAGAGAGACAAGACAAGGGGCGCCUUGGACCAUGGCAGCCUCCAGCCUGGACUUCGGGGAGGUGGAAACUUUUCUGGAUAGGCAUCCAGAGUUGUUGGAAGACUAUUUGAUGCGGAAAGGGAAGCAGGAGCUGGCGGACAAGUGGCUACAAAGGCACAGUCCGGGACAGGGGGCUUCAGGCAUGAAACCUGCCCUGGCUGGCACUGGCAGCUUGGCUCAGGGUAGUGGCAGAGGCAGCACUGGGAUUGCUGGCGUUGCUGGUCCCCAGGGCUCUGCUAACAGCCAUCCCAUGCCCGGUGGUGGGGAAAGUCCUGGGGUUCCCCUGAGCCCCAGCUGGGCCAGUGGCAGCCGGGGCGAUGGGAACCUGCAGCGGAAAGCUUCACAGAAAGAGCUGCGGAAGAGCUUUGCCCGCUCCAAAGCCAUUCAUGUGAACAGGACCUACGAUGAGCAGGUGACCUCCCGGGCCCAGGAGCCCAUGAGCAGUGUCCGGCGGAGAGCCCUGCUCAGGAAGGCCAGCUCUCUGCCCCCUACUACAGCCCACAUUCUCAGCGCCCUGCUGGAAUCGAGGGUGAAUCUGCCUCAGUACCCCCCUACGGCCAUCGACUACAAAUGCCACCUCAAAAAACAUAAUGAACGCCAGUUUUUCCUGGAACUGGUCAAGGACAUCUCCAAUGACCUUGACCUCACCAGCCUCAGCUACAAGAUCCUCAUCUUUGUCUGUCUCAUGGUGGACGCCGACCGUUGCUCUCUCUUCUUAGUGGAGGGGGCAGCUGCUGGCAAGAAGAGUUUGGUCUCCAAAUUUUUUGAUGUGCACGCAGGAACCCCACUCCUCCCGUGCAGCAGCACGGAGAACUCAAACGAGGUGCAGGUCCCCUGGGGCAAAGGUAUCAUUGGCUAUGUCGGGGAGCACGGAGAGACAGUCAACAUUCCUGAUGCCUAUCAGGACCGAAGAUUCAAUGAUGAGAUUGACAAGCUCACUGGGUACAAGACAAAAUCUCUCUUGUGCAUGCCUAUCCGAAGCAGCGAUGGUGAGAUUAUCGGUGUGGCCCAAGCAAUAAAUAAGAUUCCUGAGGGUGCUCCAUUUACGGACGAUGACGAAAAAGUUAUGCAGAUGUACCUUCCCUUCUGUGGAAUCGCCAUAUCUAAUGCUCAGCUCUUUGCUGCCUCGAGGAAAGAAUAUGAAAGGAGCAGGGCUUUGCUGGAGGUAGUCAAUGACCUCUUUGAAGAACAGACUGACCUGGAGAAGAUCGUCAAGAAAAUAAUGCACCGGGCCCAAACUCUGUUGAAAUGUGAACGCUGUUCCGUUUUACUUCUAGAAGACAUUGAAUCGCCAGUGGUGAAAUUUACCAAAUCCUUUGAACUGAUGUCCCCAAAGUGCAGUGCCGAUGCUGAGAACAGUUUCAAAGAAAGCAUGGAGAAGUCAUCUUACUCCGACUGGCUGAUAAAUAACAGCAUCGCUGAGCUGGUUGCUUCGACAGGCCUUCCUGUGAACGUCAGCGAUGCCUACCAAGACCCGCGCUUUGAUGCUGAGGCUGACCAGAUAUCUGGUUUUCACAUAAGAUCUGUUCUCUGUGUCCCUAUUUGGAACAGCAACCACCAAAUAAUUGGGGUCGCUCAAGUGCUGAACAGACUCGAUGGGAAACCUUUUGAUGAUGCAGACCAGCGGCUUUUUGAGGCUUUUGUCAUCUUUUGUGGCCUUGGUAUCAACAACACAAUUAUGUACGAUCAAGUGAAGAAGUCCUGGGCCAAGCAGUCUGUGGCUCUUGAUGUGCUGUCGUACCACGCCACGUGUUCCAAGGCUGAAGUCGACAAGUUUAAGGCAGCCAAUAUCCCUCUGGUGUCAGAGCUGGCCAUUGACGACAUUCAUUUUGAUGACUUUUCCCUUGACGUUGACGCCAUGAUCACAGCUGCCCUCCGGAUGUUCAUGGAGCUGGGCAUGGUACAGAAAUUUAAAAUCGACUACGAGACCUUGUGCCGGUGGCUUCUGACAGUAAGGAAGAAUUACCGAAUGGUUCUCUACCACAACUGGAGACACGCCUUCAACGUGUGCCAGCUGAUGUUCGCCAUGCUCACCACUGCUGGAUUUCAAGAGAUUCUGACCGAGGUGGAAAUUUUAGCGGUGAUUGUGGGAUGCCUGUGUCAUGACCUCGACCACAGGGGGACCAACAACGCCUUCCAAGCUAAGAGUGACUCUGCGCUGGCCCAGCUCUACGGGACAUCGGCCACCUUAGAGCAUCACCAUUUUAACCACGCUGUGAUGAUCCUUCAGAGUGAGGGUCACAACAUCUUCGCUAAUUUGUCCUCCAAGGAGUACAGUGACCUCAUGCAGCUCCUGAAGCAGUCGAUACUAGCCACCGACCUCACGCUGUACUUUGAGAGGAGAACGGAGUUCUUUGAACUUGUCAGCAAAGGAGACUACGAUUGGAACAUCAAAAGCCACCGUGAUGUGUUUCGAUCAAUGUUAAUGACAGCCUGUGACCUUGGAGCCGUGACCAAGCCGUGGGAGAUCUCCAGACAGGUGGCUGAACUUGUAACCAGCGAGUUCUUUGAACAAGGAGAUCGAGAGAGGUCGGAACUCAAGCUCACUCCCUCGGCUAUUUUUGACCGGAACCGGAAAGACGAACUGCCUCGGUUGCAGCUGGAGUGGAUUGACAGCAUCUGCAUGCCUUUGUAUCAGGCCUUGGUGAAGGUCAACACCAAACUGAAGCCGAUGCUGGAUUCAGUGGCUGCCAACCGAAGGAAGUGGGAAGAGUUACAUCAGAAAAGACUGCAGGUCUCUGCUGCCUCCCCAGUUCCUGCGACUCUCACGGUGGCGACGGGCGAGGAUAGGAUGUAAAGCACCCAGAGCCUCUGUGCGACCCUGUGGCCUGGAGGGUCCUCUGCAGCCUGAAGAAGCCGCUGCAGCAGCCGCAUGGACCUUUUCUUUCCGCUCAGCAGUCCGAAAGUGCAGACUGUAUAGACCGGACCGGGAAGCGCACCCGGAAGUGUGCUUGGCGGCAGAGGACUUGAAGGAUGAAGGACAGAGUCCGGCAGAGAGCGCGACCCUCAGCUUUCCAUGAUGAACCCACAUUGCUGGAUUUGGAUCCAUGACCUCGAGGGCUAUCAGCCCCACUCGUUCGGAGUUGAGGGGACACCGUGGUAAAGUGUCGCUAACACUGCUUCACUUACGGCACUUUCCUGUUACAAGCACGUCCUUUCUUGGCAGGCCUUUGUGUCCCAAAAAUCCAGAUUUGCAUUUUAGGUGUCAUAUUUCUAUUCCGACUGUUUCUUAGUGAGACACUAAACCGUUGGUCUUUGCCUGUUGGAUGAGCCUCCUCUUAUGAGUACCAACUAACCCCAAUCUUUUCAAAGGGUCCACAGUAGGAAUGCAGUGAGUUUGCUACUUGGAGGGUUCCAGGAUCUAUAACCCUGGCAGUGAGAUCACAGAUCACUUUUUCAGUGUUUGGAUUCAGCCUUCAUUGUAGACCAGACCUUUUCCUGAGAGGAAUAGAUUAAUAAUUUUAUUCAAGCGAAUGGAAAGGGGAAUCUACAGUCACGUGUACCACAGGUGGCGUGUAAACACUAGAACUACUUCCAACAGAGAGAGAGAGAGGGAGAGAGAGAGAGAAAGAGAAAGAAUUUAAGGUACCUCAAUUUUACAUUUUUCCUUAAGUGAAGAAAAAAGAAUAUUCUAGAAAGGCCAGGAAAUAACGUCUACACAACCUUUAUCCUCUAGGAAGUCAGGCCUCUAACAGGUGAAAAAACUGUUUUAAAUGGAUGUGGUGUCUACUAAGCUGCUUUGAUGCCCGUUUCACCCAAGACACUUGUGGGCAGGGUCCGUCUUCACCGAAAAACACUGGCCUUGCUGUCCUUAAUUUUGCAUUCUCAGCUGGGUGACUUUGGACAGGUUACUACAUUUCUCUGCUGCCCAAACUGUCAACUGAAAUUAUCCUAGUAGGUUACUUGCAGACAUCUUAACCUUAAAAUCCUUUGUGCAAGAAACUUUCAAGGACUCCCCAGAACACAAGAUAGAAGAAAGCUGAGAUCUUCUGUUUGAAGCAGGUCGUGAGGGUCCAGAGCCCACAGGUCGUGAGGGUCCAGAGCACACAGGUUAUGAGGGCCCAGAGCCCACAGGUCGUGAGGGUCCAGAGCCCACAGGUCGUGAGGGUCCAGAGCCCACAGGUCCUGGGGGUCCAGAGCACACAGGUCCAGGGGGGUCCAGAGCCCACAGGUCUUAGGGGUCCAGAGCCCACAGGUCGUGAGGGUCCAGAGCCCACAGGUCCUGGGGGUCCAGAGCACACAGGUCUUGGGGAUCCAGAGCUCACAGGUCUUAGGGGUCCAGAGCCCACAGGUCUUAGGGGUCCAGAGCCCACAGGUCUUGAGGGUCUAGAGUCCACACAAAUCAUCAUCUCUUUGUUCACAUAAUGGUGCUCCAGAGAGAGGCUCUGAGCACUCUGAAAAUCCCUGCCAAUGUGAAACCCGAGAGCCAGCCCAGCUCUAAACAAUUGAACAUUUACAAAACAACAUUUUUUUUCCUACUUUUAUUGACCAGUAUCAGUUAUUAUCAGAAAAUAGUGGUCAGAUGUUUGAAGAUGGGGGUGGGGGUAAAAUAAGAUACCAAACCCGGAGUGGGAUGAUCUGGCAAUCACCAUGGGGAAGGCAGCUUUGUUAUGGCAAGAAACACAAUAAAAUAAACCGGGCAAAGGGUGGGGCUGGAAGUAGGAGCUAAGGUAGAUGGUUAAGACAAUGGCUAGGGGGGGUAAAAGUCAAUCUGAACAAAGGAAAAAGCCAAUUACAGUCCCCCCACCCACCCAAAUGAGGGUACAGAAUCAUGUCAUCAAUUGAGCAGGAAAGAGAGACAAUUACACAGGGAGAAUCUUGACAAAGGAGAGAAGGAAGGGCUGGGCGCACUAGGAAACAAGGUUGCUAGCUGCCCUUCACAGCUGUGUCUGCAGGGAAGGCUGGAGAGACUGGGGGGAGGGACGAGCGCAGGGGAAAAAAACUGCAUCCGCAGAGCAGGUAAGAGGAGGCUGUGCAGAUUUAUGGAUUUUAUUAAGCCAGUUUUCUGAAUCACUCUGCUAUAAAGGCAAAUAGCUUCUGCAGAGCUGUCUCCCUCCUUCAGGUGAGGAACAAAGGGUGGGUGGAGUUAGGCAGAGACCCUGGUCUGCAGGAUCGUCUGCAGGUGCUUCUGGGUACCGCACCACACCAGCCCGUCAGGUUUCUGUCGCACACGGGAAUGGAGAAGCAGUCCACGUGAGGAUGUAGUGAGCCCACAUCUGUUACCCGUCCGAACAAUAAAUAACCAGUAAAGCGGAUGCCAGUCCACCUAAAGCAGACAUUUUCAAGCAUGUGCUUUACAAUAAAACUGGACCCAGUGUCUUCCAGAGGCUGCUGGCAGUGGCGAGACAGCAGCCUCCCUCCUCCCUGAAUGUUGAUGCUACAUAUUGCUGAGGGGGACAUAAUUUAUAGCACAAACCCUACGGCUUCCUCUAAGGUUGAGUUUUCCUCUCAUCUUCUCGCCUUUUUUAUUGGCUUCACUGCACGGUUGCCAAUAGCAACAUCCAUCGGUAGCAAAGGGAGUUCAACACCAUCGCAAUCUGCCAGACAGCGGAGCCCUGACAAUGUCAACCAUCAAUCAAACAGCUGCUUGUAAUUGCCUCCAUCUAUUUCUCCUGUCUCAAGGUGUCUGUCCUACUGUGGGUCAAGAUUCGGAAACUGCUGACUAAUGCCCGGGCUCUCUCCCUCCAUCACUGUGGAGAACUGGGAGAGAUGGUGGUAGCCCUCCUGAUGCCAAACCCUAGAGGUCACAGGUUGGGAUUUUUAAAGCCCUUGUAAAACAAUUUCUUUCCCAUGACCGUGAGUUAUGUGUGAUCCUAGACUCUGUUUCCAGCACACAGAAUGAGGAAACUUCUCAAUCCUUAUUUUUCACUGUUGUUUCCUGUUGGAGAAAGGCAUUUGAAAUGUGAGCCCUCUUCCAAAGGAAAAAAAACUCAAACAGACAAGAUUGUCUGCUUUGUCUGCUUCCUCAGGUCUCUCCGCAGGAACAGCUGAGAUGACUUCGUCCUCCUUUUGUAUGAGAUGUAUUUUUUCAGAAACUAUUUAUUCAUGUUAGUGAGCAUGUAGCUACUAUGUGCACAGCCCACAACACAGCUGGUGAUACCGGUGGACGAGAGCAGCUUGGCAAACCGCCAAGGGGACCUACCAGUACACAGCAGAACGGGGCUCCUCCUCGCUGGCUGCCAAUGGGCCUACUCUCUUGGGGCUCUGUGGCGUUUCAGGUUUCUAUCUGGUACAUAAAAGCCCCAGCUUUUAUUCAGUUUCUGCAUCCAGGGACCAAGCUAUGCUAUGCUUUGCUUUUGAAACUUCAUCCAAGUCAUUUUCUUCUUUCUGCUUCUCAAAUAAAAUAGAAGCAAACCCGAGAGAGUCGUCGUCUCACCGAAGACAGGGUAAACAUUUACAUAGAGAGGGAGCAGACCCAAAACAACCUUCCUACAAAGUGUCUGAGACAGCUUCUAAUGAGUGUGAAUGAUACAGUAACCAACACCUGCUCGUAAGUGUGUAUUCUCCUGUUUCAUAAAGGACAGCUUUGGAUUGUCUCAUAUCAUUGAAUCCCAUAUGGGAAUCAUUAGUUUAGAAGUGAACUUGUAAAGGGAGCCAAGAAAGGCAAAAAUUGUACAUGAGUUUUCUGUUUCUUGAAACCCGAAGGCCUGCAUGCUUCCAGGUACUCCAGGUUUGCAAAUAUCUUGUUUUUUAAGAUGAUCUCAGCACUGUUUUUUAUUAGUGCAGUAAUGACAGUAUGUUUCUGGAAUUCAGUUGCUUUUUCUGUAUAUCAAAAUUUAGCAUACUUCAAUGGCUUACAUCGCUAGAGUGAUUUUACUCAGUUUACUUUGCAGCACAAUCUUUUUAAAACUCAUUUCUCUUACUGACCCUUGUGAGUUACAAAAAGACCAAAACAAAUUACAAUCUAACCUCACAAGUGAAGCAGAAAUCUAAACAUGUUUGGAUGAAAUUCAAACAUAAAGAGAAAUGUGUUUUGGUGGGGGAAAUGACAAAAAGAUUCAUUAAAGCUACUGAAUGUAACCUAAUUUGGGGCCCUAAAAACGUUGCCACACCUCCUUUAGUGAAUUUCUAAUGUUUCAUAGUAACAAUCUGGAAUUCUUAUUCUACCAUGUAGUGUCAAGAGCUCCUAAGCCCCAAAUUACUAAGAAUUUAAAGGUUAAGUCCGGCUGCUAGAAGGCCAAAUUGUCACACAGGUCCUAAGUCAACGUUUCUCAACCUGUGGGUCACAACCCCACAGGAGAUCAAAUAUCAGAUAGUGCAGCCAGCCUGACAUCAGAUAUUUACAUUACGACUCUUACCGGUAGCAAAAUUACAGUUACAAAGUAGCAACGAAAAUAAUUUUAUGGCUGGGGGGGUCACCACAACAUGAGGAGCUGUAUUAGAGGGUUGCAGUGUUAGGAAGGUUGAGAACCCUCGUCCUAGGUGAACAGUGAUAGAACAUGACUGGCAGAAUCAAGCAAGACGUGACUGGAGAAUUCCAUGCAGGGCCUCGGAUUCAGCGGUGCCCAGUGCUGUGCCACCCGUUCUCCCCAGCGAAUAAGUUAGGUUGUACAUGCUUUGAUUUCGAAUGCCCUCGCAUGUCUGUGCAUCUCUCAGCAUCACUAAAGGCCAAUGGCCAUCUGUGUAUCCACCUGUACCAACCAACGUAACUGAAUGUAGGCACCAGUGCAAAGCUGUUUUAUGAAGUAAAUGAACUAUUUGCUGUGAAAAAAAAAAGUAUCUUCUUUGAGGCCAUCAUCUGUCCAUGUUCAUUUCUGUGUAUGUGUGUGUUAGAGUGUUCAUUUUUCUUCUGCUUUAAUGUAGAUUUAUAGCACAACGUAUUCAGAGCAACUUUAAAGCAUAGCGCAGUGUGGAGAUAGACGUCUAGUUUACUGAGUCCCAUUCCCUUGGAGGGCUGUUGCUUUUGCCAUUUUAUUCUGAUUUACAAUAAUCUAAAAAGAGUUCCUUACUGACUUGUUUCUUAACUAUUGUUGUUUUACCCAAAAGAAGGGAAGUACGUUGUCGGCUGGCUUGUGUGAAGCCCCUCUCUUUGUGAAGUUUCCAGGUUAAUAUUGUAUUGUAAGAACAUUUGGUAAAAUGCUGCUUGGCCAUUGCAGAAGCAACAACCCAUGGCUUCGAAACAGACUGCUUUAAGAAA